AUGUCUGAGGACGAUCAAAAUUCUAAGGAGAUUGUAACAUCAUAUGAUGAAAUAUUGGAGAUCACAGGAUUGUUAGCUAUGCGUGAUAAUUCAACCUCAUGUGUCACUGAAAAGAAAGAAACUCCUAGUUCAACGGAUAAUGUCAAUAAUGGUGAUGUUAGUAAUGAUGAUAUUGUAUUACCAAUACAAAGUUGUACACAAUUACCACUUAGUCCUAGUCUGGUAUCCUUAAUUGAAGAUGGUGGUCCUAAUUGUCGAACAAUUUCAAUUGCUAAAACCAAAAAUAAUAACGUCGGCUUUACAUUUACAGAAAUAAAACAGGGAUUAUUUGUUUCUCAUGUAGACGAAAGAUCUUCUGCAAAGUUGAAUAAAGUACGUUUUGGUGAUAAGAUUCAAUGCAUAAAUGAUACAGAAGUUACAUCUUAUACUCAAGCUAAACAACUUAUUGAAGAAACACAUCCAACUGUAAAUUUUUCUUUUAUCGACUGCCCUUAUAGAGAAGUUAAAACAAUUUAUAAAAUUCAUGGAAAAUGUGGUCUUUUCAUCAAUGAUGGUAUGAUUUUAGAUCGUACAAAAUAUUUCAGUGCAAAAAGUGAUAAAAUUCCAUUGAAUUAUUAUAUUACUGAAAUUGAUGGUCAUAGUACUGUUCGUUUAUUAGAUGAGAAAAUAGUUUUAUUAGUUGAACGUGCUAAUUCACCAUUCUCUCUUCAUAUUGUACCUCAAUGGUUUUAUGAAUAUCUUGUUUUUGGAUUAGAUCCAUCAGGAAAUGAACUCAAAAAAGAUUUGUCAUCAUCAUCAUCAUCAUCAUCAUCAUCAUCAUCAUCAUCAUCAUCAUCAUCAUCAUCAUCAUCAUCAUCAUCAUCAUCAUCAUCAUCAUCAUCAUCAUCAUCAUCAUCAUCAUCAUCAUCAUCAUCAUCAUCAUCAUCAUCAUCAUCAUCAUCAUCAUCAUCAUCAUCAUCAUCAUCAUCAUCAUCAUCAUCAUCAUCAUCAUCAUCAUCAUCAUCAUCAUCAUCAUCAUCAUCAUCAUCAUCAUCAUCAUCAUCAUCAUCAUCAUCAUCAUCAUCAUCAUCAUCAUCAUCAUCAUCAUCAUCAUCAUCAUCAUCAUCAUCAUCAUCAUCAUCAUCAUCAUCAUCAGUCCAAACGAUUCAGUGUUUGUUAUAUUCUGGGGUCACAAUUACAAAAUUUCAAUGA